AAGAUCAUUAAGUCAUUCGAUGCAUUAUCAUUUUUAUUGAAAACACGUGUUUCAUUUUUCUGUAAUAUUUUUUACUUAAAAAAAAAAAAAUGGCAAAAAAAUUGACUGCAAAAAUUGGACCUUCGAUUCUAAACGCUAAUUUGGCACAACUUUCGGAAGAAUCACAACGAUUAAUUAAUAAUGGUGCUGAUUAUUUACACUUAGAUAUUAUGGAUGGUCACUUUGUACCUAACCUCACUUUUGGUCACCCAUUAGUAAAAUGUCUUCGACAUAAAAUAAAAGAUGCUUUUUUUGAAACACAUAUGAUGGUCUCUAAUCCUGAUCAGUGGAUAGAGCCUAUGGCUGAUGCUGGUGUUAAUCAAUAUACAUUUCAUGUUGAACCAGUAAAGAAUGUUUCAUUAAUUUGUAGAAAAGUAAAAGAAGCAGGAAUGAAAGUUGGAGUUGCACUUAAGCCAGGGACUCCAGUAGAUGUAGUUGUAGAAUAUAUUGAUUUAGCAGAUAUGGUAUUAAUUAUGACUGUAGAACCAGGUUUUGGUGGUCAAACAUUCAUGGAACCAAUGAUGGAAAAAGUAUCGUGGCUUAGAAAAAAUUAUCCUACAUUAGAUAUAGAAGUAGAUGGUGGUGUCGGGCCAGAAACUAUUGAUUCAUGUGCAAAGGCUGGUGCAAACAUGAUUGUUUCUGGAACAGCAAUCAUCAGUUCUUCUGAUCAAGCAAAAGUUAUUAAAACUUUAAGAGAUACAGUAAAUUGUGCAUUACAAAAUAAUUAAACAAUAAAGGAAAGAAAAACA